GCCCCGCCUGAGGGCCGCACCCGCAACCCCGCCGCUCGGGGGGCAGGGCCCCGGCAGCAGGGGCGGCCGGGCCUCGGCUCGACCUUGGCCGUGCGGGCCGCUCGGGCGCGGCGCCCCAACACCGGCGCAGGCUCGGCCCCGCCCCCCGCUGUCCCCGCCCCCGGCGCCCGGCGCGGGCUGCGCUCGGCCCAGUGGCUGGGCCCGCAGGCGGCCAUGGCGGCGGGCGCCGGGGCCAGGCCGGGGCCGCGCUGGCUGAGGGCGCUGGGCGAGCCGCUGAGCGCGGCGCAGCUGCGGCGGCUGGAGGAGCACCGCUACAGCGCGGCCGGCGUCUCGCUGCUCGAGCCGCCUCUGCAGCUCUACUGGACCUGGCUGCUCCAGUGGAUCCCGCUCUGGAUGGCCCCCAACUCCAUCACCCUCCUCGGGCUGGUCAUCAACAUGCUCACCGCGCUCGUGCUCAUCGCCUACUGCCCCACGGCCACCGAGGAGGCACCAUACUGGACAUACCUAUUAUGUGCCCUGGGACUCUUUAUCUACCAGUCACUGGAUGCUAUUGACGGGAAACAAGCCAGAAGAACAAACUCAUGUUCUCCUUUAGGGGAACUCUUUGACCAUGGUUGUGACUCUCUUUCUACAGUGUUUAUGGCAGUGGGAGCUUCAGUUGCUGCUCGCUUAGGAACUCACCCUGACUGGUUGUUUUUCUGCUCUUUCAUCGGGAUGUUCAUGUUCUAUUGUGCUCACUGGCAGACUUACGUUUCAGGCGUGUUGAGAUUUGGAAAAGUGGAUGUAACUGAAAUUCAGAUAGCUUUAGUGAUUGUCUUUGUGUUGUCUGCGUUUGGAGGAGCAACAAUGUGGGACUAUACGAUACCCAUUCUAGAAAUAAAACUGAAGAUCCUCCCAGUUCUCGGAGUAAUAGGUGGAGCAAUAUUUUCCUGUUCGAAUUAUUUCCAUGUUAUCCUCCAUGGUGGCGUUGGCAAGAAUGGAUCCACUAUAGCAGGCACCAGUGUAUUGUCACCUGGACUCCACAUAGGACUAAUUAUUAUACUGGCAAUAAUAAUCUAUAAAAAGUCAGCAACUAAUGUGUUUGAAAAGCAUCCUUGUCUUUAUACCCUAAUGUUUGGGUGUGUCUUUGCUAAAGUCUCACAAAAAUUGGUGAUAGCUCACAUGACCAAAAGUGAAUUGUAUCUUCAAGACACUAUCUUUUUGGGGCCAGGUCUGUUGUUUUUAGACCAGUACUUUAAUAAUUUUAUAGACGAAUAUGUUGUUCUAUGGAUAGCAAUGGUAAUUUCUUCACUUGAUAUGAUGAUAUACUUUAGUGCUUUGUGCCUGCAAAUUUCAAGACAUCUUCAUCUAAACAUCUUCAAGACAUCAUAUCAUCAAGCACCUGAACAGGUUCAAGUUCUUUCUUCAAAGAGUCAUCAGAAUAACAUGGAUUGAAGAGAGUUUCGAACACUUGCCAUCUCUUGCUGCUGCUGCUGAAAGGAGAUAUUAAGUGUGUAAUUUUUAGUUAAGUGUUAUAACUACUACAGCAAAUAAAAUAUUUCAGUGCUUAAA